AUCUUGCUUAAUUGUAACACUCAAUUUGACCAAAACGGACGAUUUAAACAUUGUUUUAAUAGUUUGUUAUUGUAGUUUUUUGUGCCGAGUAUGAUUUGGUUGAUAGGAGCGGCUAUAGUAGCUGCUUUGACAUGGUACCUUUUCGUAAAACCCCUACAUUAUUGGUCAGACAGAGGUGUGAAACAGACUAAACCAUGGAUAUUCCUUGGAGAUUCAUGGACGACCUUGUUCAGAAGAAUGAGCUUUAGUGAAUUUUUAGAAUGGAUUUACAAUAUGUAUCCCAAUGAAAGAUAUGUAGGAUUCUAUCAAUUUUCCACACCGACAUUAAUGUUGCGGGAUCCUGAAUUGAUCAAGCAGAUCACUGUGAAAGAUUUCGAUCAUUUUACCGAUCACAGGAGCUUUGUUGAUCCCGAUGCAGAUCCGUUGUGGGGUCAAAGAUGGAGGGAAAUGAGAGCUACCCUUAGCGGUUCUUUCACAAGUUCUAAAAUGAAGACUAUGUUUGCCUUGAUGGACGAAGCUGCUGACAAUUUUGUUCAGUACUUUUUGGAUAAAAAGGAGGAUCUCAUCGAGUUAGAAAUGAAAGACACCUAUACGAGAUACACAAAUGACGUGAUUGCCACGACAGCUUUUGGUAUCAAAGUCGAUUCUCUAGCUGAACCGAGCAACACAUUUUACUUGAUGGGUAAAAAAAUUACAAACUUCACUGGCAUCAUCACCACCCUGAAAUUUUUGGGUUUCUUUGUUUUCCCGACAAUCUUCAAGAAAUUGAAAAUAGCCUUGCUGGACAAAGAUGCUUCUAUGUUCUUCAAAACCAUCAUUAAUGAAACAAUCAAAACUAGAGAGGACAAUCACAUUGUUAGACCUGAUAUGAUCAAUAUGCUCUUGGAAGCUAGGAAAGGCAUCAAGCAUGAAGAAAAUGGGGCUGUUGAAACUGGAUUUGCCACAGUACAAGAAUCCUCCGAUAUGGGCAAAUUUAAACAGUUAAAGACCUUAACAAACGACGAUAUUACAUCGCAAGCCUUGAGUUUCUUUUUUGCCGGUUUUGACACCAUUUCGACAGCUAUGUGCUUCGGAUCUUACGAGCUGGCCGUUAAUAAAGACGUCCAAGACAGACUGAGAGAGGAAAUCAGGACGACCUACAAAGAAAACGAUGGAAAAAUUACCUACGAUGUACUCUUGAAAAUGAAAUACUUGGAUAUGGUGGUGUCGGAAAUAUUAAGAAAAUGGCCACCCUUUAGUCGCGUGGAUAGAGUUUGCACUAAACCAUACAUUAUUUCUCCUCAAACGUCUCAAGAAAAACCGAUUCACUUGAAAAAUAAAAAAAUAAUGAUAAUUAUUCCGACGAUAGCUAUCCACAGGGACCCUAAUUUCUAUCCAGAUCCAGAGAAAUUCGACCCAGAACGAUUUUCCGAUCACAAAAAUAUCAACCCUUACUACUACAUGCCCUUUGGAUUGGGACCGAGGAAUUGCAUAGGUUCCAGGUUUGCCCUGAUCGAGAUGAAAACUCUGCUGUUCAAAAUACUGCUGAAUUUCGAGAUCGAACCGGCUAAACGGAUGAUUCUUCCGUUGAAACUCGUUAAGGGUGCAGUUGGUCCCUCGACUUACGUCGAAGGAGAUUUCUGGUUCACCUUUAAAAGGAUUUCUUAGAAAGGCUCUGCGAUAUACAGUAUGUCCCUGAUUAUCUUUACAAGAGAAAAAACAUUUUUACAGUAGUGACAUUUAAAAAAAAUACAUUUUCUUCUUACAGUGCCAUACUCUAUACAGAGCGUCGGCUACCUCUUGCAUGUACUUGUGAUGUGUGUCAUCAGUGUCUCACAAGUACAGGGAUCUACAGUUUAUCGCCAAAUCCGAACGGCGCUAUACAGGGUGUUUCAAAAAACAUGUGCCAUCACUCAAAAUUUAAGCGAAAAACAUUUUUUUUGGUAGGUAUUUUUCAAAGUAAAAUAAUUAACUUAGUUAUUUUGGACUUAUUUGAAAAACGGUAAAGAGAAAAUGUGUUUCUUUUAUCGAGCUCUAAAAAUCAACCCUGAAAAUAUUUACCUACCCUUAUUUAAGACUCAACCUGUAUAAUUAGUUCAAUGCUACGAAAAGGGUGAUAAUACUUAUAGGAAAAUGUUAUACUUGAACAACAGCAAAAAACAUGACGUUAAUCAAAAUUAAUAAUAAACAUUUAUCAAAGAAUGAAAUCGAAGUGAUAUUACCACAAAAAGUUUUUUUAGCGUUUGCUUUUUAGCACUUAGUUAAUUCAACAUUAUUUUCAUGUUUUUUUUAUUUCCUUUAAAAUUGUAUGGAAAGUUGGAAAAGUAUAAAUGGGAUUAACCAUUUUAGAACAAGCAAAAAUGUUUAUGAAGAAUGCAUUUUUCUCAAAAUGUCAAUAAUAAAAGUGUCUCCUCUUGUAAAGACAAUCCGGGGACAUACUGUAUAUAUCCGUUUGAUCACUGUAUAUUUUGUACCUACUUAUCAAUAAAAUGUUUAUUAUUUCAAACUUU